AUGUCGUAUGGAGAUUUUCAUGACGAGAUGCUGGGGCUCGAUAGCGAUUCCUUGCGGUCGGGAUCGGAAAGUCUUCGCGAUGAAUACCACGAAUGGAUGUCCGAGUCGGGGAGAAAUUCACGGGCUGCGAUGAACCCCUCUGUUCCUGACAGACCUUCUCCGCGGGUUCUCUCGCCAUUGAGGACCGAUCACCUUCUCGACGAAUUUCCACAUCCUCCCAGUCGUCCGAAAGGACUGGAUAUCAUCGCCGAAGAAAAGACCACCCCGCCCCAGUCUCUCGCCGAAAACGCCUAUCCCACGCCCAAGUCCUCGAUCAAGAAUAUGCGCCGCCACGCCACGGCCCAUGAGCUCCCGCUGCUUCAAGAGAGCAAUCCGUACGAGGAGGCGGAGGAUUACAAUCCAGUGAAUGAAGAAGGUCCGUCAUACGAAUUGAUCGCGCCGUGGGACGGGAUCGAGGCACCUCUCCAUAAACUGGAACGCCUGUCGGAUGUGAUGUUUGGAAAGGAACACAUGCUAUGCAUCCUCAAUAAUCCUCGAUAUCUGGCGAGAUUCCGGGAAUUUCUUUUGGACGAGCGGCCACGAUCCAUUUCAACCCUCACGUACUAUCUCAAUGCCGUCAAGGCGCGCAAAGCGCUGGAAUAUGCAAACACUUUGAUUCGACUCUCUAACGAUGUUCCACCACCAGCCGUCCAAGCGAUUCAAAACGAGACCGAGGCCGCAGGGAUCACGAUCAACAAGGUUCUCGAGCGGCGGAUCGAAGACGGUCUCAACGCGCUGGUCGCCGAAGAGCUUCCUGCCUAUAUCACGUCCAGAUGUAUCACCAUCACCAGCAAGAUCGUCGAGGAGCGUGUUCGGGGCACAUUGCCAAUGAAGUUCCGGGACACGGCAAACGCGCUGGCGGAGGUCUUUUGUCUGACGGAUCCUUCGCGUCCAGACAACCCAAUCAUUUUUGCUUCCAAAGAGUUCCACCGAACUACACAAUAUGGUAUGGAUUACGUCUUGGGACGCAACUGUCGGUUCCUUCAAGGGCCGCAAACGAACCCCAAUAGCGUGCGUCGGUUGAGAGAGUCUCUCAAGGCAGGAAGACAUCAUUCGGAGCUUUUCCUCAACUAUCGCCGAGACGGAUCUCCAUUCAUGAACCUUCUCCAAUGUGCACCUCUGUACGACAGCAAGGGUACUGUGAAGUACGUGAUUGGCGCCCAAAUUGACGUCUCCGGCCUGGCCCUCGACGGAGUCCAAAUGGAAUCCCUCCUUGAGCUUCAGUCACGGUACCGCGAUCCAGAUGAGGAGAGCAUCGCCGAGAUGUCCACCGCACCGCAUAAGGACGAGUUUCGACAGUUGUGCGAGCUCUUUAGCCCCAAGGAACUCAACGCCGUUCAAGAGUAUGGUGGCGACUUGUUCCACCCACUCCACACGCGGCCAUCCUCGCGUAAUCAGAGACAAUGGCACCCGCGAGGAGGAUCCAUGGACAGCGAAGCAGAGGCCAUUCGUCUCAGAGAUGUCAAGUCUCCCCUGCUACGGGGAUUAACUGGAGCAUAUGAGAAUUACCUGCUGGUUCGACCUUACCCGUCUCUCCGAGUCUUGUUCACAUCACCAUCACUCCAAAUCCCCGGAAUACUGCAGUCCUCGUUCCUUUCUCGUAUUGGAAGCUCAUCCUCCGUCAAGGAGGAGCUGAUGGCAGCGAUGCAGCAGGGUCAUAGCGUUACCGCUCGAAUCAAAUGGAUCACCCGAUACAAUUGUGAUGGCCGUAGUCGCUGGAUUCACUGCACCCCAUUAUACGCCAGUAAUGGACAGGUUGGCGUGUGGAUGGUGGUGGUGGUUGACGAUGAGGAGGAGCAAAUUCCACUCAAUUGGCGUGCUUGA